AUGAAAGCAGGAAACCACACAUUUGGAGUCUCUGAAUUCCUCCUCCUGGGCCUGUCUGAGCAGCAGGAACAGCAGCCUCUCCUCUUUGGCAUCUUCUUGGCCAUGUACCUGAUCACCGUGGUGGGGAAUAUUGUCAUCAGCCUGGCCAUUGGCUCUGGUCCACAGCUCCACACCCCCAUGUACUUCUUCCUAGCUAACUUCUCCCUCACUGACCUGGCUUUAUCAUCUACCACGGUCCCCAAGAUGCUGGUCAACAUCCAGGCUCACAGGCGUACCAUCACCUAUACUGGCUGCCUGUCUCAGAUCUACUUCUUCCUGUGGCUCGUCGGUCUAGAUGUGUUCCUCCUGGCAGUGAUGGCAUAUGACCGGUUUGUGGCUAUCUGCCAUCCUCUGCACUACAACUUGGUCAUGAGCCCCAGAUACUGCGUCCUGCUAGUGGUCAUGUCCCUAAUCCUCACACAUUCAUACUCUCUAACCCACACCAUUCUCUUGGCUCAGUUAUCCUUCUGCACUGACAACACCAUCCCCCACUUCUUUUGUGAACUUCUCCCCCUGUUGAAGCUCUCUUGUUCCGACACCUAUGCCAACCAGUGUGUGUUGACCUACUGGGGAGGGGGGUUAACCAUCUUGAUCCCCUUGCUAAUCAUCAUUUCUUAUGCCCGCAUCGUGGCUGCCAUUGUGAGAAUCCCAUCAGCAAGGGGGAAGUGGAAGGCCUUCUCCACCUGCAGCUCCCACCUCUUGGCAAUUUGUUUGUUCUAUGCAUCUGCUAUAGGGGUGUACUUCCUUCCCUCCUCUGCCGAUGCAGCCAGCAAGGACAGGUUUGCAGCAGUGAUGUAUGCUGUGGUGACCCCCAUGCUGAACCCAUUCAUCUAUGGCCUGAGAAACAGAGACAUGAAGAGGGCCUUGGGGAGACUCCUGAGCAGAAGGGCACUGCAAUCUCCAUGA